AUGUUCCAUUUUGAUUACUUGCAGGCUUAUAUGGAGCGCCGUAUUCAUGAGUUCAGGGACAUACAGAACAUGUUACUUCGGUUCACACGAGAUCAGCUAUAUCAGCUCAAGGAACUGCAUCACUUACCUGAUUCAUAUAAUACGCCUGCUGGUGAUUCCUUCUCGGGGAUGGAGGGCAAUUCUGUUAUCAAGGUCAAUGGGUGCCAUGCUACCAACACCCAUAGCGGCGCGAUAAGUUCCCCUGGGGUAGUGGUGGAUAAAUAUAAAAUUAAAACAUGCGAGCAGCUUUGCGAUGGUAACGAUCAUAAUGGUAAUAAUAACAGUAGUAGUAGUAACCAUAAUAAUAAUAGUAUUAACAAUGAUUAUAGCGAAAAUGGUAAUAUUAACAAUGAUAUUAAUAAUAAACAUUCUAUCAAAGCUCUUGGUCAGUUUUUGAUGUCAACUUAUGCAGUGAGUUGA